AUGGGAAAAAAGCAAAAACCUAGAACACCCUCAACAAGCUCAAGUCAAAGCGAAUCUGCUCUCCAGAACCCUACAUCUAAUCACAUUUCUCUUGCAUCUCCUAUAAAAACCUCAGUAAGCUUAAGCUAUCGGGAUUCUACUCUGCAGCCUCUAAAUUCAGAUGCAUUUGAUCACAUUUCUCUCGCAUUACCUAUAAAAUCACCUACAAGCUUAAGGCAAAGUGACACAAUACCCCAACCACCACAAAUAUAUACGUCUAAUACCAAUUCUCUUGUUUGCAACCCUGAUCCUUUAUCUAUUAUUGAAUCUAAGGUAUCAGAUAGUCUAAGACAAAUGUUUGAACUGUAUUUUGCAGAAUUCACAAACUCUUUAAGCCAAAAGACUGACAUAUCUAACUCGGAAUACUUCAAAUUUGAUCAGAGAUUAGAUAUACGUCAUAAUCCUUCUCUCAAACGAGGUGAAGAAUUCGAGUCUCUCUACCAAAUUUACUAUGACAAUGCUAACAAUUUCUCUGACAAACUUUUGACACAUCUUAAAAAAUACGAUGAUCCCGACCUUAUCACAGUCCUCAUCGGAAUUGACAAAGCGAAUAAAGUCUUCAUGCGGGCAAGCCGAGAAGUAAAAGACGCAAUGCAGAGAUACUACAAAAAGAACUUCACAACUUUUGAAGAGGUCAAUAGAGUCCUCUUCUUCCAUCGUGUCCUAAGCCCACUUGAAGAAAAAAUCCAAAGUGCGAGAGAGUUUGUAAAUCAAUGUGAAGCUGCUAGGAGGGCUUGCCAACUCUAUGACGAAGAAUCGUUACAUUUAAACAUGCUUUCUGAAGCAAGCAGCCCAAACAAUCGAACGAAGUUCAAGCGAAAUAAACAGAUUGUGAGGUGAGAAGAAAUGAGUGUCGAUGAAAUUGUCAAUUUUAUCAAUGGAGACGAAACUCCAAAGAAAAAUAAGGCAAAAAAUAGGAGCCAAAGCAAUGGGAAGCAAAGAAAAGAGGUAGAAAUUGAAAUUGAUGAAGAAAUUGAAGAGUUCCAGAAGAGGAUCGAAGAAGUCAGCUUGAGCUCUUCAAGAUUCAAACCAAAGGUUACACAAGAGUGGCUGAGCAACCUGCGAAAAGAAAUUAAAAUGUUGUCUUUGUUUAAGGCUUAA